GCAGCUGAGCGCAGUUACUGGCCAGAUCACAGCUGGUUCAUAUGCCAUCUGUUGCUCUAGUAGUCAUCCUCGCAUUACUUUAUUUUUUUUUUUCUUUUUACUUUUUGACUCAAAAUCUGACGCCGACUGGCGCCGCUAACGGGAAAGUGAGGAAUUAAGUUUUACGCACAAGUUUGGAGAGCAGACGGCAGCUGCAGUCUGCAUUUUCAUAACGCGGGCACCUAAAGAUGAAUGAAACGGACAUUAUCUGCGAAAACAAAACAUCGUCCAACUUUAGUGAUUUGUCAUGUCUAACUACAGCUGCCGCGCCUUACAACCCCAUCGACAUCACCACCUUCAUGCACAUUUUCCCCUCCAUCUACGGCAUCCUGUGCUCCGUCGGAGUCAUCGCCAACGCGCUGGUGAUCUACGCGGUCGCAGCGUGCAAGAAGAAGAUGGUCUCGGACAUCUACGUGCUCAACUUGGCCAUAGCUGACAUGCUGUUCUUGCUGGUGAUGCCCUUCAACAUCCACCAGCUGGUCAGGGACAGGCAGUGGGUCUUCGGAAACUUUAUGUGCAAGGCGGUGGUGGUGGUGGAUGUCAGCAACCAGUUCACCACCGUGGGGAUAGUUACAGUGCUGUGCAUUGACCGGUAUAUCGCCAUUGUGCAUCCCAGCUCAGAGCGGCGGACCGUGCAGUGGACCAUCAUAAUCAACUUGCUGGUGUGGCUGGGCAGCGUCCUUCUCACCGUGCCCGUCAUGAUCUACGCCAAGGUGAUCAGCAGGGAGCACAUGGAGGUGUGCAUGAUUUUCCUGGACGGGCCGGAGGACAUGUACUGGUACACGCUCUACCAGUCCAUCCUGGGCUUCAUCAUUCCGCUCAUCAUCAUCAGCACCUUCUAUUCGCUCACCCUCUACCAUGUGUUCAGCUCCAUCCGCCGGGUCAAGCGCAAGCAGUCGGUGUGGGCCAAGAGGGCCACCAAAAUGGUGCUGAUGGUCAUCGCCUUGUUCCUGAUCUGCUGGUCGCCCUACCACGUCAUCCAGGUGAUCAACCUGAGCAACAACCGGCCCACCAUCGCGUUCGUCUACGCGUACAACAUCAGCAUCUGCCUCAGCUACUCGCACAGUUGCAUCAACCCGCUCAUGCUGCUCCUCUUCGCCCAGAACUACCGCGAGCGCCUGUGCCGGCGGAACGCGCUGCACAGCUCGCAGCACUCCUCCAAGGUCACCGUGGUCAAAGCCGACGGCUCCAGCACGGCAAACGACCCCAACUACCGCAUUACGGUCAUCUAGUCAGCUUCAUUUAUACCCUGUAACAAAUAGGUGGUGGACAUCAUUUUUAGAAUUGUAAAUGGAUUUGUUAAUACACAGAAGAAGAAAAAAAAUCCCUGAAGCAGCAGCAGCAGCAUCAAAUCCAGCUUUAAUAAAAUAAACUUCAAAUAAAGGCACUGUCAUUUUUUGGAUAAAUCCUCAGAAAGCACAGGCCGCACACAGCUGGUCGGCUCAUGAUGCACUGAAUUCCACGGCGCAGCUUCACUGGUCCUUUCACCAGUAUCUACCGUGGCGUCUUCUGGCUGAACAGACAUGAUCUGCUGUAAGUAAUCCAAUCAAGAAGUCACUAUAAGGGCUCAUGAUUUGUAACCAGCAGUCUCAAUAAUCCACAGUUUACUGAUACAGAUAAGAGCUGCUCUGUUUUGAAACUGAGCAGCCGUAAAGCUUUCUGUGCCUCUUGCCACGGUUUUAAAACGUUGUAGCUCAGAACGAGGGAAGCAUUUUAUGGAAAUAACUUGUAAAUUCGAUUUACUGUGUAGUAAAGGGUCCGUUUAACAGUGGUCCAAGCCUGUGAGAGCUAGUUCUCGUUCGUGUCUGGGUCCUUUAAUUGUGAAUAAAGCCCACAUAUAAUAAUAAAAUAGAAUUUAUUAUUGAAAAACACACAAAUACAGAAAAAUAAUAUAUAGUUGUCUCUGGCUAUGUUUUUUCAGCAUAUCAGAGAGGAUCUUUAAAGGAUUUGAUUUAUAAAGUGCUUAGUAAUGGGGAAAGUAAUGUAUUUAUAGCCUGUUGUAACGACGAAUUGUGUUUGUAAGAAAUGUUAUAUUUAAAGAAAAAUACAACAUUUAUUUAUCAUGAGUGCAGAGCCACACAGUGUUCGGCCCACUUCUGUCAGUUUCCGACGUCAAAUAUUGAACGCUGUACCGGGAAACUCCUCUCAGGGACUGCUUUACGAAGGAAAACAUACAGCAGCACUCAGUGAUCUCUCAGUCUGUGCAGUUAUUACCGUGGUUAAGUAUCCUCUGACUGCUUACAGCACAACAUUCUGAUGCUGUAUUGAAAUGUUGGAGCCACAUGCCUCAGGAGAGACGACGUGUAUUUAACGUACAUGUGACUUUAGGAGAUGAAGUCUUGCAGAAGUAUUCACCUCCUUUGAACAGUUUCACAUUCUGUCAGCUCAAACUUUAUUGUAUCUUAAUGAGAUUUUGUGGGACAGACCGUCACAACGAGGCGCAGACGUUUGAGGAAAAGGAUACCUGGUUUGAAAAUUGUACGAUGUUGCGCCUUUUAAUUUCAGUUCCCCAGAGUUAACACUUUUUAGAACCACUUUUCACCCCCACCGCAUGAUACUGCCACCGCCGUUUGUCACUGAGGGGACGGUGCGUUCAGUGUUUAGCUUCUAUCACACAGUUUUGCAUGUGGGCCAAAAAGAUCAAUUUUGCUGCGACAUCGUUUUAGGGGAAAAACUGCAAAUAGGACUUUUUAAAACAUUCAUGCAUUUCCGUAUGCAGGUUUAAAGUCCCAGUAAUGUGCUUUAAUGUGACAAUAUGUGUGAAUACUUUUACAAGGCACUACAUGUGCACAUUGACAUAUGGGUAAAAUAUAUGUAUAGUUGAAGCAGGUGUUUGCAUUAGUAAUUUAUCAUGUCAUUGUGUUGUUUUCUGUAUCUUACUUGUGUAUUUCUGUGACUACGAAACUAUUUUCAAAAAGAAUUCAGCAAACAACCAGUGAUAUUUCAUAGAUAAACACUGUAAGGGACUGAUAUAAUUUUUGCAUCAUCGUCCGGUCAGGUGGAGAAUAAAAUGAGAGAAAAUGUACAGAAAAAGAUUUACUUUAUUUCUUAAAUAUGAUUAGAUGUUAAAAUAAAGUAUGACAAAUGGGUCAAGAACAAGUGAAUAAAUGUUUAAGGACUGUUUUAUUAUUGUUUUAAAAAAUACAGCAUAAUGCGAGGAGCAAUGAAACGGAUUGAUAAUGUUUUCAAAAAUUGCUCCUGAAUAUAAAAAAUGACUGAUCAGCACCAAGUGGUCUCUGGUCAUUUUAAUUCAUCGUUUGAAAAAUAAUUUUCACUUAGUUUAUGACUUUGUUUUGUGGGAUUUGCUCAAGUUAAAUUAAAGCAAGUUGUCAACGUGGAGUAACUAACUCAGACUUAAAGAGUUGUUUAUGAAACCAAACAUGUUCCUGUUUCAUUCCUCUCGUCUGUUUUUCCUGAUUUAAUGCUCUUGUUAUCGUCUUGUAAAGUGUCUUAAUGUUUGUUGUGGCACUCGAGCACUAAAUGUGAUGUACUGUGACCCAGAUUGCUUCUGCAGAUGUUCCCCCAGAAGUGCUUUGCUUUGUCUGUAAGAGUCCUUCCCUGUACUUCAAUCAAGGCUUAGUAAAAUCUGUGGAAAUUUGUAGUUAGUGAAAAUGUGACUUGUAUUUUAUUAUUUGCUUUUGUUACCU